GCGCCGCCGACGCGCUUCGUCGAGAAAAUAUAUACUGAGACGUUCGGCAGCAACCGACCUACGACGAAUCGCGUCCAGGAGCUCUUCGGGCCGCUCGGGGCCGAUGGACCCGACUACUUCGCCGCGUCGAUCAAAUUUAACAUGUGGCUCAGCGUGUCGUCGCUCGUCAGCUUCGCGUCGCAAAUCCUCCUCCGCGACGCGGCGGCGCUCUCGGCCGGAACCGCGGGCGCCCUGGACCGGGUGCCGCUCGAAAUAGGCGUAUUUGGGCUCUUCUGCCUGCUGAACAUCCUCGAGCUCGCCCUCGUGCCGACGACGUUCCUGAACCUUGGACUCAUCGAGGUCGUCGAGGACUUCGUCGAGCGGCAGUCGCGCGCUGAGGAGGACACCCCAUACGCCAUCGACGCGCCAAAGUAG